AUGGGAAGCGCUCUGCUUCAGAGACCCCAAAAUGACUCUCAAACAGACCCUUCAUCUCAGCCACUUCAGCCACCUCAACCUGCACCAGCAGAGGAUAACGGUCCACAGAAAAAGGUCAAGGUUCAAGAUCCCAACAUGUCUAAUCCUCGUCUUCUGGUCAACCGUGCCUGUAUAUACGAGCGCCAAUUACCAAGCAAUGCAUAUAUUACUGCCCAUGUUGCACGUCUACAGCAUGGCUACUACUCUAGCAACGCGGUGUCUGACAGAGACGCUGAGUGUGUCGAUUUCCUAGCGAUCAGCUUCGUCUUUCACACUCCAAAUACGCUCUCGCAUCGUUUCAAAGCUGCUACCAUCAGAGUAUCUGUUCAUGGCAACCAGAAGGCUCAAUCAUCCCCAAAAGACCUCGUUGGGUAUCCUCAAAAUGCCCCACGCUUCCUUAUGCAUGCCCCGCACCUUAUUUAUGGCCAUGUCUCUCCGGAGACCAUGGAAUGGGCAUUCAGCCUAGCGGGAUCCCUGGGCAUCUCUGAGACUCCGGUUAGUGCCAAAUUAGCCCCAUCUGGGAGCCUCAACAGCCAGUACCGGCGGUACGAAAUGAUGCGCAUCCAGGGCUCGGCCCGCUCCUUGAAGAGCCCCCGCGGUCGUGGGUUUGAUAUUGAAGCCGGCGAGGUUGUCUGGUCCCUUGAGGAAAAUCAUUUGCAGCGGUCUGGUUUGCCCCGCGAGUUCACAUUCGUCAUGCUCAUCCAAAAGCCAGCUGCCAAUAGCAAUCUCACGCUGUCCCUCGAGAUCGACCCCGUGCUCCAGGCCCUCUGUGGUAGUUACCCGAGCUGGCUGCUCUCAUGCCCGCCAUACCGGCCACAACCACGCGGGGGUGUCGAUUUUCGCCAAGAAGUUGGACAACGCUUCGAGCCUGCGGAUACAACCCGUGGGUUCAACUUUGCCGCGCUGGACAGCUCAUUCGACGAAUACAUCGCCAUGCCAGGUCGCCAGUUCACCCGUCAGGUAAGUUGA